CCUAGGUUACCAUGUUCCUCCCGUAGAUAUGGUCAUUUUCAGUAUUUAACAAUGCAACAACAGCUAGAUAAGACAGAGUAAGAUUAUUACUGUAGAUGGUAUGGAGAUUGCAGACACUGGCAUGAGUACAACGCCCAGAGAGAAAUGUGAGGGAGGAGGCAAGUGACUUUUCCAGGCCCUGGCAACACUGGUGCUUGUAAACUGAAGGCGAGAUCAGUAAGCAGCACCUGUGCUUAGCAGCGCCUCUGCUGUACUUGUGACCAGAGGAGAACUUGUGUAAAGAUAAAACCUGGAAAAGCCUAACACUAAGAAGAAAGAUAAAAACUGGACCUUAGCUGAUUUUUCUUAUCCCUGACACUUCAGCCUUAAAGUGUUUUGAGCUACUGAAGCUAAUCAAAAUGAAUAAUUCAGAACAUACAAUUGGAGUGAAUUCCCCAAAGGUCAAGGGUAAUUUUGCAGGUCAUGCUCUCCCUGGAGCAAUCAUUUUUACCCUGGGUUUUUGGUGGUAUAUAAAGAUUCUUUUGAUGUAUGUAUACAAAAAGCAAACACGGACCUACUACAUUCAUUCUAAAGCAUUCUUCCAGAGAGCAGAAAUUUUGGAAGGAAUUAUAAGCCUGUGUAUUAUCUUAACUGGUGUAAUUGUUCUACAGAUCAAGGCUGUAAAUGAAGACCAGUGGCUCCGGUUCCUGCGCUUUCAUCAUUUAACUAUCUAUCUCUUCCUUGCUUUGUGGGCAGUGACCAACAUCUUAUGCUUCAGCACCAGGUCAAUUCCAGUCUCCUUAACCAAAUUAAUGUUGACAAAUGCCUUUCUUGUGACUGCUUUUAUCUUCUACAACCACAAUAAUGGCCGAAAAAUGGUGGACAGCCUUUUGCAUCAGCUGCAAAGCGUGGCUACCUUUUUGGCAGGCUUGGUUUCUUUCAUAGAGCUCCUUAUUAGGAAAAAUAUAAUGCUGAAGAUUCUGCGGUCAAGUUUUGUCCUACUGCAGGGAAGCUGGCUGUUCCAGGUGGGUUUUGUUCUGUAUCCUCCCACCGGAGGUCCUGCAUGGGAUCUGAAUGAUCAUAGCAAUAGCACGUUUCUUCUUAUGUGCUUUUGCUGGCAUUAUGCAUUUGCCUAUGUCGUCAUGGGAGUUGUUUAUGUAGCUGUCACCUGGCUGGCUAAAUGGAGUAUUAGGAAUCCCUGUACCUCAGAAUUUGGGCUUCUGAAAAAUGCUGAAAGAGAUAAAGAAUCAGAAGAGGAGAUGUGAUUUCCAUGGUCAGUCAGUAUCUCUACAAUAACCUUUUCUUUAUAGCAUUGCUCUUACUUAAGACUUUGUCUGCUGACCUUUUUUUGGAAAACUGGCUGAAGUUGACUUUGUACUGUUUGUAUUUGCACUCUAUUUUAAACAAUUUGCUUUUCUUUCUUUCUUGUUAGGUUUUGAACACAGGGUCCUGUGUUUUCUCAGUUUGCUUAUUGGGCUGGUGCUCUACCCCUUGAACCACACUUGUAGCCUGGCUUUUUGGUUGUUAUUUUGGAGGUUAUAGAUAGAAACUAUGUUAAUUUCAAUGUUUUAAUUUUUAGUUUUGGAAAUAUUUAGGAUGACAAAGAUCAUUUUGCAUAUUGUGCACAUUGUAUUCUUCAUUGGAUUUUGAAAGAACAUUGUAUAGUUUUGUGCAAGGGACCUCAGCUUGUUUUCACUUGUAACUCAUUGAAUAUAGAUGUGUACUGUUUAGCUUGUUACCACCUGGGAAA